UCAACCUGAUGACACCCCCAUCAGAGCCUGAACCCUCUCCUGCAUGCAUGCAUUUAAAAAUUCUUCUUCCCCUGCUCUUUUUUUUUGUUGUUGUCUCCCACCCUGAAAUUUGGGGCAGCUUGCAUGACCUCACUAACUGGCUGCGGACUACCCCCUGUUCCCCUCCUCCUCGCCUCUCUCCCUCCCUCUCCUCCCAGCAUCUAAAUGUGUGGUAGCUGCAUAGAGCUUCUUUCUGUCCUCCUACACAGGCAGGAGUGAGAGGCCCCUGGAGUCACCGGCACUGGGAGCCACGGCAGAAUAUACGGUGAAAAUGACAACCCUCCUCCUGCUGUGUGCGUCUUUGCCCAUAAUCUUGGCAACAACGGUACUGAAAGACCCUAAUGCUAUAGUUGGCUCAUUGCAUGUCAGCAUCCCCGUUGAGUUGCCUCUCCGUCCACUGCUGGGAGGGAAGGUAGCUGUGCCAUGCUACUUCCGAGGAAGCACUGUGAAUGACCCAGGAGCGCCCACCAUCGCCCCGCUACCUCACAGAAUCAAGUGGACCUACAUCAGCAAGGAGAAAGUUAGCCCAAUCCUGGUAGCGUCGGAGGGGAAGGUCUAUGUGGAGACAGAGUUUCUGGACAGGGUGACAUUGGUUGGCUACCCGCUGGUUCCUACUGAUGCUACCAUUGAGAUAACUGAACUGAGGUCCAAAGACUCUGGUACCUAUCGCUGCGAAGUGACCCAUGGUAUUGAGGACAGCUCUGACGUUGUAGACAUCCAGGUUCAAGGUAUUGUAUUCCACUAUCGUGCCAUCUCCACCCGCUACACCCUAACAUUUGAAAGAGCCAAAGAGGCCUGUGUACAGAACAGUGCCACCAUCGCAACUCCUGCACAACUCCAAGCCGCUUACGAUGACGGAUACCACCAGUGUGAUGCUGGGUGGCUUUCAGAUCAAACUGUGAGGUAUCCUAUUCAUGAGCCCCGGGAACCUUGCUUUGGAGAUAAGGAAAACUUUCCUGGAGUGAGGACCUAUGGUGUUAGAGAUGUCAAUGAAACUUAUGAUGUGUACUGCUUUGCUGAGAAGAUGUCAGGCAAGGUCUUCUACUCCAUGUCCGUUGACAAAUUUAGCUUCUAUGAAGCACAAGACCAGUGUGUCAAACUGGGAGCGAGGCUGGCCACCACUGGAGAGCUAUACCUAGCCUGGAAGAACGGCAUGAAUGUCUGUAAUGCUGGCUGGCUGGCAGACAGGAGUGUACGCUACCCAAUCAACAUCCCCAGGCCUCAAUGUGGAGGGGGGCUUGUUGGAGUAAGAACAGUCUACUUGUUCCCCAACCAAACGGGAUACCCCUACCCAGACUCUCGUUACGAUGCAGUCUGCUUCCAAGAUGACGAUGAAGGUGAAGUGCCUGGUAGGACCACACCCUUCCCAGUCAUCCAGUUUGCAUCUAGCGCUGUGCCCCUCCCGACCCCACCGCCUCCACAAGGGACUGAAGAAAGCAAGUCUGGAGGAGUAGUAACUCUCUCCCCAUUGCCACAUCUGUCCAGUGAAGAUGUGACCAUGGGUCCCACAGGUGUGGUGUUCCACUACCGACCCAUCACUGGUCGUUACACUCUGACCUUUUUGGAGGCCGAACUGGCUUGCCGGACCAUCGGAGCGGUCAUCGCCAGCCCCCAGCAGCUGUACGCAGCCUUUGAGAAAGGCCUGCACCAAUGUGACGCCGGCUGGCUGCGCGACCAGUCUGUGCGGUAUCCGAUUGUGUCACCCAGAAGCAACUGUGCUGGUAACCUGCUAAACCUCCCAGGAGUGAGGUCGUACGGCCUGAGACCAGCCAGCGAGCGCUACGAUGUCUUCUGUUACGUGGACGGCUUAAGAGGUGAGGUCUUCUUCACCACCGACUACGACAGCUUCUCCUACGACGAGGCCGUGCAGCACUGCCAGAAGCUCAACAGCACCCUGGCCACGCCCGGGCAGCUGCACGCCGCCUGGAGACAAGGACUCGACAAAUGCCGGCCAGGCUGGCUCAUGGACCGCAGCGUCCGCUUCCCCGUCACAACCCCCAAAUCUUACUGUGGGGGCGGAGAGGUCGGGGUGCGCACCAUCUACGCCUUCCCCAACCAGACGGGAUUUCCCGACGAGCAUUCACGCUACGACGCCUACUGCUAUAGAGCUCAAAUUCCAGUCGAUUCCCAAACUCCCAUCACUGUCUCCCAGACGACAAAGCCUAAAGAUGUCAGCGAGACUACAACCGUCAGACCGGUUGACAUUGCUCAUACCAGUGAGCCAAAAAGCGAGAAAGAUAAAACUGCAGUUGUCUACAAUGAAACUGCGGUGAAUAUGACCGACGUUGAGGUUGUCAAAGAAACUGUUGUUACUUCUGUACAAGUUGCUCCAACAGUGACAACCGUUCUCCCUCCUGGUUCUGGUUCCGCUGACCACUCACCCAGUGGGGAAACCUCUGGAGAACCUUCUACCUCCACCAGCAGCGGUGACACAUCCGGAUCAGGACAAAGCGUCACGUUCAGCGGAACACCCGAUGUGCUUUCCGGCGAGCAGUCGACCUCUGGAAGCCACAAGGAACUGAAGAAGGACAGUACGGUGUUCAUCACAUCUAGAGAUAUGGGGAGCGCAUCUGGAUCUGGAUCCGAAUCUGGAUCCGGAUCUGGCACCGUUAUAGAUGGAUCAGUCUACAGAAGUGGAAGUGGGGACAUCAGUGGCAGUGGUGAUGACACAGUGGUAACCUGGGUGGAUGAAGAGCUGGUGGAUUUGUCAAAAACCCUCAAGAAUGGCACAACGAUGCAAGAGCUUGGCCAGGGAGGGAUCGACACCAGCGGGGGAUCAAGUGUUUCUGGAUCAGACGAUGUGUCUGCCUCCGGCUCGGGCGGGUUUUCUGGCAUUUUGUUAGUCGAUAGCAGUGGGAUUGACCUGACACCCCAGCAAUCUGGGGAGCAAGAAGUGUCUGGAUAUCAGCCGUCUGAAUCGGGGUACCCCAGUGGUGUUCUCUGUGGUGUUUCCAGUGGUUUUCCCAGUGGUUUUCCCAGUGGUUUUCCCAGUGGUUUUCCCAGUGGUUUUCCAUCUGGCAUUUCAGGCAGUGGCUCUGCCUCCGGAGACCCAUCUCCAAAGCACGACAAAGUCGUCUACCUGACCAAGGAUGACAUGAUUGAAGUAAUCACAGACAUUACUGAAGAGGGGCGCGGUGUGGUGGAGAUAAGCGGGGAAGGCAGUGCGUCAGGACUCCACCCUGAACUCAGCGGCACUUCACCUCAAACGUCGGGAAGCGGAGCGACUCCUACGACGGUUUACGUAGAGUUUGUACCGACUCUUGACCAAUCCGGGUCCAGGGACACAGCUGAGGAGAGUAGCACCGGGUCUGCAGUUCAUUCAGUCGCACCAGAAGCAGUCUACGCCUGGCCAACGACGGCUCCGUCAGUGUCCGUAGUUACUCCGGCUGUUGUGGAGCGUCCUGAUGUGGAUGGAGCUAUGAAGGGCUGUCCUGAGGACUGGAUGGAGUCUGGCGGCAGAUGUUACAGACACUUUGACGAUAGACUCACUUGGUCUGAGGCAGAGCAGCGCUGUCAGGAGCUCAGCGGCCACCUGGUCAGCAUCGGCUCGCCACAGGAGCAGCAGUUUGUCAACUCCAACGGCGACAGUUAUCAGUGGAUUGGACUUAACGACAAAGAUGUGCAGAAUGAGUUCCGCUGGACAGACGGCAGUCCAAUGUCUUUCGAGAACUGGAGGCCCAACCAGCCGGAUAACUACUUUGGUUCUGGUGAAGACUGCGUGGUGAUGAUCUGGCACGAGGGCGGCGAGUGGAACGACGUGCCCUGCAACUACCACCUUCCUUUCACCUGCAAGCUGGCACCCGUGACGUGUGGAGCACCCCCGGAGGUGAAACACGGCGCUCCGAUGGGCAGCAGCAGAGGGCGCUAUCCUGUCGAAUCUGUAAUCCGCUACCAGUGCGACCCGGGCUUCACACAGCGCCAUCUGCCUGUCAUACACUGUAUGGAAAACGGAGAGUGGGAAAAGCCACAAGUCCAGUGCAUAGAAGCCGGAGCCAACAGUAACAGGCUACACAAAAGGUCCCUGAGGAGAAGAAGUAAAGGUGUCAGCAGCCAACAGGAGCAGAGGGAACUGCUCUGAGCGGGACUGAAAGGACAGAGAGCCACAAAAGAGCCUUCUUCUAAAGAAGCAUGGACACUAAUACAAAUGCCAGACCAAAAAGAUAGCACGCCCUACCCCUGUACAUACACUCAACUAAAAGCACAUUUAGACGAUGAUUUAAAAAAAAAAAAAGUCAAACAAACAAACAAAAAAAAAACCCCUGAUGUCUUUGAAUGUCACCCUGCAACCUCUGAAGGCUCAUUUCUCUCCAGUUUAUGACUCAGCAUCCUGGAGCUGAAUCACUUCCCUUUCUGUCGGCACAAAGUAGGGGGAAAAAAAACUCCUUUCAAGAGGCUGAAGAGUAACAUGCAAAGAGAGUAGAAAGUGUUUUCAGUUCACACUCUUAUUAUAUUUUACCAUAUUUUUCUAGAUCUGCGUCUCUUAGAUUUGGUUGUAGGUGUUAGAUUUAUUUAGGGGCGACGCGGUGGACGUCGACUUUCGGUUGCGUCGCAGGCGAUUUGGUUUCUGUGUCGUCGUUUCAUCUGGAGUAAAAUGGAGCCUCUUUUGGUCUCGCCACAGCUGUAAGCUCGACGUCCACGGUGCCGCCGGACCAACUCGCUGUGAAAACGCGACUCAGACGCAGCCACCCUGGAUUGAAAUAAUCGGCACGAAUGCACUUUCGAAUCUUCCACCCAUGUCUGUGCUAAUCAUUUGAAUCCAGCGCACCUUAUCCGACGGAGUGUUAGGGCCUCGCACAGAACAACAAGAGAAAAAGAAAAAUUACAAGAAUAAAGUCUUGGUAUGAAAGUAGUCGGAACAUUACGACUUCUGUUAAAAAUUCUGGUAAAAGUGUUUCUGUUAAUAUUCCGAUUUUUUCCUGAAACAUUAUGAUUUCACGCUGGUAUCAUUUUGACUUUAUUCUUGUAAUGCUACUACUUUAUCUUCAUAAUAAACAUUGUUUUUGUGCGUUUCGUUAGCGUAGCCCUAGUACUCGGUUGUACCCUUAAAACUGUAUUUAAAAAAAAAAAAAUUAAAUUCUGGGUUUUUUUUUUCUUUUUCUUUUUUAGAAAUGGCAGGAAAACUGCAUUUUUAUAAUUUAACAACAAACUCCAAUGUAUAAUUUGCGACAACACAAGGUGGUGCACAACAGCAACAACAACAAAAAAAAGAAGGAUUAUGAUACAAUUGUUAUUAUUUUUCAAAAUAAAAGGCUUUCCGUCCGUCUUCCCACCAAGCCUCACUGUCGCUAACAAAGGCAUCCCCUCACCAUAAUGCUGCCACCGCCACGUCUCACUGAACGGAUAGCCUGCUCCGAGCAGACUGAAAACAAAUGCACGCCACACUUUUCAGAUUUGCAUUCCUAAUAGAUUUUUUUUUUUUUUUAAACAUAGAGAAUUCUUCUAAAGGAGCCUGGACACUUUUUUAAUCACUACUUUGAGAUACAUCGAGGUUUGUGAUGACAAAAAUGUGAACUACUCAGUGAACAUCUGUCGGGUCUCUUGGAAAUGUUUCACACACUCCUUAUUUAUGGUUCCUCAGCUGCGAACCGGUGCCUUUGUUCCUGUGGUGAGAACACCAGCAUUUGCUCUGGGACGAGUUGCUCACUGUAAAUAUCCACCAUGUUAUUUUAUUUUUUUUCUGAACAGCAGGAUCUGUCCAUAACCUGCGCAGUUGCAGGCAGUUUUAACUUUUUGUUUGUUUGUUUGUUUAAAUUUUGAUUACAUUGAUGAGGUUUGCAGGGCGGUUGAGUUGUUAGAGCCAGCUGUACGGAGAGAGAGGAGGAUUUCAUGUUUUCAUUAAAGCCUGUAGCUGGAGAGCGGGUGUUGCUGAUAUCGUCGUAUCUUCAUUUUUAAGGAUGCAUUUUUUCAAUUUUUUUUGUGAGGCUGAGGCAUUUAAGGUCAACGUUUGCGUCAGCCAUCAGAGAAGAGAACCGAUAAAAGAGACGAGUCUAUUUGGACGUAACCGGGGUUGGCGAGAGUCUGUUUGGAGGGUGGUGCAGUUUUAUCAGGGUGCCUCAAGAUACUGGAGGUAAAAAAUAAAUAAAUAAAUAAAUAAAAGUGUUAUCAGUGUUUUUGUCUGUUGCUGGUUAAGAAACACCUCAACAAACUAACUAAACAUAGGUAACUACUGCUGGGAUCUGGUCCAGACUCUGAAUCCUGGACCAGAUCACCCAAUAAAACAUUGGCCUUA